AUGUCCUUUGGGAGGGCAGAGGAGGGAGUGGUGAAGGCGCUCCAAGACAUUCUUGAGUCUGCAGGGAACAAAGACUGGGAGAAGUAUGAGAAGCUCUGCGACAAGGACAUCACUUGCUUCGAGCCUGAGAGCGUUGGCAACGUAGCCAAGGGACUUGCGUUCCACAAGUACUACUUCGACUUGCCGUCAGGUCCGUCCUCAGGCAUCAAGAACAACGUCACUCUAGCUGACCUCAACGUGCGCAUCCUCGGGGAAGGAAACUCAGCUGUGGCUUGCUACAACAGGCUGAUCCAGAAGCUGGAGGACGGGAGCCCAGUGACGGUGAAGUCCCACGAAUCCAGAGUGUUUGAGAUGAAGCAAGGGAAGUGGGUCUGCGUGCAUUUCCAUCGCUCGUGA